CAUUUUAACAAUUACAUAUUUAAUGUCAUCCCAAGAUAAACCCGUAAUAGUUGAUAGUGAAAAAGUUUUAACUCGUCCUAUCAUUGCCCUACCCUUAUCUGCAUCUAACCUCGUCUUUUCACACAUAUGGGAAAAAAUGCCAAAGACUUUGAUCGUUACCAAUGGUAACGGCUUUUACCAAAAAUUAUGA